CGGGCGGGGGGCCAGUGGCCGUUGGGUUCGAUGGAGCGGGAGUGGCGAUCCCCGAGGUCUCCGCGCGCUGUUUCUGGGGUUACCUAGGAUCGGUGCCCUCCUCCCUUCUCCCAUUGGGUGAUCCUCCAUCGAGCGGUGAUCCGAAUCCCUCUCCGAUCUUGGAGGGAUUCCUCCAAAGUUUGCCUGUCUCUAUUUCUUGUCCCUCGUCUUCUUUCUUGUUGGGACGUGUGAGAUUGCGUCAGUUUUCCCCCUUUUUUCUUUUGCAUGAUUUGAUCUGAUGCUGUGAUUUUGGUUGGUAUGUUGCGUUUGGUGGGAUGGAUUGGUUGAUUUGAUCGGGAUAGAGUGUUGGAUUGGAUUCUCAUUUGAUUCGGUAUUAGUGUUCGAUUUCUGGAAGGGCUUGUGCUUGGUAUCGGAUGUAGUUUUGCUCCGACGAUUUGGUGUUCCCCGUAGCAUUGGCAUUUCGAAUCGGUUUGGCAUUUCAAACUUACUGGCUAAAAGUUUAGUUUGGACUUUUGAUAUUUGGAUGGAAUAUUUGGAGCAUUUGGUAUCGCAAAAUUCAAGCUUUGACUCGCCGGCCAUAGGAGAUUUCAGAAGGGAAGUCGUGGUUUGAUGGUUUGACAGCUCAAGGUCCUUUUUUUCUUCCUGGAAACUGAACUGGGUUCUGCUUGGUAAUUGGGAAUAAAGAAAUAACACAGGUUGUGGUUGGAAUUUAAAUUCUUUGAUAUGCAAAUACUCCAUUGCAUAGAGUUUCUUUUUCGUGUAGCUUCGGUUUGACGGAUGAAACAGAAUUAGCAUCGUAAUUAAUUUGCAUUGCUGCAGAGCGUAAUUCUUGUCUUUAUGGCACUACUGUUUUCUUAACGGUGUCAUAUAUCUGAAUUCAUUUUCUUGUGAAAGCUGAUGGAUUCAGCACGGAGUUGGUUUCACAAGUUUCAACCUAGAGAUAAAUCUGCUGCAAAGAAGAAAGAAGCGACAGCCAAUGGGAACGAAGGGAGUGAUGAAGCACCUUCAAAUGCUACCAAGCAGAGGGUUACUGCUGCCAAGCAAUAUAUAGAAAAUCAUUACAAAGAGCAGAUGAAGAACCUGCAGGAGCGUAAAGAGCGACGUAACAAUUUGGAGAAGAAGCUAGCAGAUGCUGAUGUGUCUGAAGAAGAGCACAACAAUAUUCUAAAACAUUUGGAGAAAAAGGAAACAGAAUACAUGCGCCUUCAGAGGCAUAAAAUGGGAGUUGAUGAUUUUGAACUAUUGACAAUGAUUGGAAAAGGUGCAUUUGGUGAGGUCAGGGUCUGUAGUGAGAAGACAACUGGUAAUGUAUAUGCAAUGAAGAAGCUUAAGAAAUCAGAGAUGCUACGACGAGGCCAGGUUGAACAUGUUAAAGCUGAAAGGAAUCUUCUUGCGGAGGUUGAUAGCAAUUGCAUAGUGAAACUUUAUUGUUCCUUCCAAGAUAAUGAGUAUCUAUAUCUUAUUAUGGAGUACCUACCUGGUGGGGACAUGAUGACAUUGCUUAUGCGGAAGGAUAUACUGACUGAGGAUGAGGCUAGAUUUUAUAUUGGUGAGGCAGUUCUUGCUAUUGAAUCUAUCCACAAACAUAACUACAUUCACAGGGAUAUCAAGCCUGAUAAUAUGUUGCUGGACAAAUAUGGUCACCUGAAAGUGUCAGAUUUUGGAUUAUGUAAACCUUUAGAUUGCAGUAACUUUCCAGAUUUACAGGAAAAGGAAAUUACCUUAGGAAAGAGCGAUAGUGAUUCUUUACAAAGUCCUUCUUUACCAAAGCGCACACAACAGGAACAAUUAGAACAUUGGCAGAGGAAUAGAAGGACAUUGGCAUACUCUACUGUUGGUACACCUGAUUAUAUUGCUCCAGAAGUUUUACUGAAGAAAGGUUAUGGGAUGGAAUGUGAUUGGUGGUCACUUGGAGCCAUCAUGUAUGAAAUGCUUGUGGGUUAUCCUCCAUUUUAUUCUGAUGAGCCUUUGGCAACAUGUAGGAAGAUAGUAAAUUGGAGAACACACCUAAAAUUUCCAGAAGAAGCAAAGCUAUCUGCAGAAGCAAAAGAUCUUAUCAGUAAGCUCUUAUGCAAUGUUGAUCAACGGCUUGGCACAAAAGGUGCAGGCGAAAUAAAGGCUCACUCUUGGUUUAAAGGCAUUGAGUGGGACAGAUUAUACCAAAUGGAGGCAGCAUUUAUACCUGAAGUUAAGGAUGAGUUUGAUACCCAAAACUUCGAAAAGUUUGAAGAGUCUGGGAACCACAUUCAGACUUCAUCAAAGUUAGGCCCUUGGAGAAAGAUGCUUUCUUCAAAAGAUUUGAAUUUUAUGGGUUAUACGUACAAAAAUUUCGAAAUUGUCAAUGAUCAUGAAGUGCCUGGGAUAGCUGAAUUGAAGAAGAAGAGCAAAGCAAAUAGGCCAACUAUCAAGUCUCUCUUUGAAUCUUCAGAGACAGAGGAUCAACCCUGAGGAACGUGUUCAAGAGAGCUUCCUCAGUCUUUUACCUUCUAAACUUCAAAGAGCCAGAACUCAUCGUCUCCACAAGUCUUGUUGAUCUCUAUGGCACCAUCUGACUCUAAGGACUUAAAGAAUUAUCAUCAAAAGCCAUGCAUGCAUCUCAUAAAUGCGCUUCUCGUCUGAGGCUUGCUUUAGGCAUCUGUUUACACAAGAGACCGAGCUUUAUCGCACGAAAUGAAAUGACCACGGAAGUAAAGAAAUUAAAGAUGAAGGUUGACUUAUGCUUCGUCCAUGAGGCAUAUGUUCCUGUAAUGGAUCAGGAUGUUGUAAAAUUUGUUCUUGUGAGUAAAUAUCGGUUUGUCUUUUUACAUGGCACAAUCAAUUUUACUGUAUUCUUUGUCGAUCUGUAAUUUAUGUGUGUAAUGUCCUACGUACUUGUCUCGUUAUAUGUGGAAAUUGGAAUAGAUUUUUAUCAGCAAA